AUGGAAGUGGCGGUUGCAGUUGGGGUUUGUGCAACAAUUCCGAUUGUUUACAAGGCUUUGAGGUUCGUUUUUUGAUUAUACAGGAAAAAUGUUAUGACGUGGAUUUUUGCGAAAAUUUGAGUUCAGAGCUUCUGAAAAAUUAGAUUUUAAAAAUAAAUCGAGAAAUUUGAUUUUCCCGAUCCAAAAGUUCAAUAUUUCGAGCCAAAAAUUUUUUUUUACAUAAAAUUUACAACUCGAAAAUCAGCCUGGAAGUCUGAAAUGCGAUUUUUGUGGCCUAUGAAAAUCUAAAUUAAAUAAUAUUCUAGUCCAUUUCUCUAUUUUUUGCAGACCUCGACUGAAAACCAAAGUGAAUUGCUGGUUUUGCCACGAAGAUAGCACUGUUAAAUAUGAGAAUCGAAAUAGUUUCACAUGUCCAUCCUGCAAACAAUAUAAUGGUUUCAAUUCUGAUGGAAGUUAUAAUCGAAUUAUUCCGGAACAAACUUAUUCGACUCCAGUGAGAUAUUGUCAACCGGUGAAAUCGAAUAACUUGAGAAAUGGGCGGCCCGAUGUUAUUUUAAAUGGAUUGAGAAUGAGUCCGAGUAUGUUUUGGAAAAAUAAAAAUAAUAAUCGAACCUUUUUUUCGUAGAAAGUGAGAAUGGUUUGUGUUCGGAUUGCAAUCGAAAUCAAGAAAUAAUUAUGAAAAAAGUGAACGAUUUUGAGCCAAUCGAUGAAGAUCGAUGGAAUGAAGAAUUGGAGGAUUAUCGAUAUAAACUUGAUCGAAUGUAUCAAUUAUGUGCAAGAUGUACUUUAGCAGUUCAUGGAAAAUUGGAACAAGAUAAGGUUUGGAACUUUCUAGUUUUCUAGUUAAUUCUCAAAAUGUUUUGUCUUUUUAAGCAAAAAUAUUCGUAUCUCAUGGAAGUCCGAAGUAAACUAAAACGGGUAAUUGGAUCAACAAUCAAUGAAUUAAUCGACAAUCCAAAAUCUGGAGCAAAUCGUUCGCGUCGUUUCUUUUUCGCUGGUGGAAACAUUACUGAAAUAUCUCACGUUCUCACUCUUUCACUAGCAAUUGUUUUGUUUUUGGCGAAUAUUGAUUUUCUGCAAAAUGACUCGGGAGCUGAAUUGAUUUAUUUUCCAAGAACAAUCUCGAAAUUUCUUGGAAUUGUGUUCCAACAUUCAUUUGGCACAAGUAUGGUUUUAAUGUUUAUUCAUAUUUUGGCGUGUGUACAGAACAGGUUAGUUUUUUUUCUUUAAAAAUAACUCUGAAUUUAUAUUCAAAAAUAUUUGAGAUGUCGCACAACUCUUCCUGAUCUUCUCAUUCCUGUAAUCAAUAUUAUUGUUUGUUUGGCUUUUCUUUUCGAUGAAGAAUACACUGAAGAUUGUGCAUUGAUAAAAUGUGCAUGUUUCUCAUUCAUCACAAUUUUAUCAGCUGCUGUCACUUUGAUCCCGCGCAAAAAAUUACAUCGAAAACGGCCGAAUCGAAUUUUGUCAAGCGCAUUUUCUGUCGCCUCAACUCCAACUUCGCAGUGUUCAUCGAUGAAUGAAACAAUGCUCAAAUCGCAUUUAGAAUCACCGACAGCUGGAAGAAAAUCGCCGUUUAAUCAUAAAUUAUCGCCUCCAAAAACUGGAAAUUCUCCAGUUUUUCGUGAUGUUUCGAAUUCAUCAUCACCAACAAUGACAAAAUGGAGAGAUCGAGCACAAAGUCCGGAAAUUGAGGAAAAGGAAAAUAAAACGAAUUCGAGUAGAAUGGAAGAGACUAUGGAAUGGGAAGAAGCGCAGCCAAUCAUUCAACAAUCAGUGUCACCUAAAACUAAAUUUCGUCCAAGUGUAUUUAGUCAAGCUGCAAGUUUGCGAAGUUUCAAUCAAAGAGAAUCUACACCAGCGAGAGUUUUGGCACCAUCUGUUGCUUCGAUGUCAAUUGCGAGAGAUUCAUUUAGGCCGUUGGGAUCUCCCAGUGUUUUUAGCAGACAAAAUAAGGUUGGUUUUUGUGGGAAUUGUUACGGUGGAGUUUUUUGAUGAAAAAGUUUUGAAUCAAAUUUGAAAUCCACGUGGCAACAUUUUUGGCACUAUUUUUUUCAAUUUUGCAUUCAAAAAAAAUUCACUGUUUCAAAAAAUAUUUAAAAUUCUCGAUUUUUAAAAGUUUUUAAUGUUUCGACAAUUCAAUCAUUUUUCCAGAGUUUCCACAGUGCCAUCAAUCACACACCAAUGAGUAGAUCAGUAUUUACAGCAAAAUCAUAUUUAUCCCCAAAUAAUGCGGCGAAUUGUUUUGAUCGAUCAGAUCCCAGGUAUUUUUUUAUUAUUUAUAUUUUAUAAAAACAGAAAAUCCCUAAAGUUUUGAGUCAAGAAAAAAUACGUUUCAAAAUUUUCAUAUAGUUUAAUGUUUAAAAAAGUUCAAAUUUUUUCAAUACAUUCGUGAACUUCUAAAAAUUUUCACCUGGUUCCAAAAAAGUUCCACUCUAAAUCCUAGUUUUUUGUUUCGAAAUCUAAUCCCUUGAGAAUUCCCAACUCAUAUUUGUUUUUUUUAUCUAUCUCGUAUUUGAAACAGCAAACAAUUCAACUUUUUCUCCUCCAAGUUGGCGAAAAUGUGUUGUUCUAAAAUUAGAUUUAUUCUGUUUUUUUUUUGCAGCAUCCGAUCUGGUUCCGUUUUCACAUCAAUCAGCCAACAGGGCACAACAAACAAUUCAAUAAUUGGCGGCUCGCGCACCAUUGCUCUUCUUUUCUUCCUAGUUUUCAUUGUUUUAGUCUUCCAAGUCAUGUUUUUCUAUAUUCUCUUGAAGAAGUGAUUUCAAAGUUUUCCCAGUGUAUGUGUUUUUCUCGGGUACAUUUUUUAUUCUUUAUUUUAUUGUUUUAUAUAUAUAUAUAUAUACAUAUUAUUUUGUUUUUGUUGAAUAGUUGAUAAAUUUUGUCGCAUAAUCUUUUUUUUUUCUCGGAAUCUCUCAUCCAUAAAUACAUACUCGCUAUAUCUAAAUAUUAUUUAUUCAUGAAUCGAACACCCUUUUGUGUCUGCGUAUCUCGCGGUUUUUGUCUGCGUCUCUCAUUUUCAGAGCAUGUCUCAUGUUUCAUGACACAUGUCUUUUUCUCUCGCUUGUGUAUUUUUUUUUCAUUGACCUCUUUUUUUCUUUUGAAAAAAUAGUUUAUUAUGAUUUAUAGGAUUUUUUGGGUGGUCCCAUUUAAGUUUCUUUUUUGCAGGUGUCAAACCUGUUUGUUCCGAUGCUACGAUCUGUGGUUUCGAACAAUCAAAAUGAACAAGGUGAGCGGUUUUUGGAACAGGGCCCAUUUUUUGUAAAUGAAUUCUGGAAUACCGUCGUUUUUUUAAAAGAAAAUAAUCAAAUUCCAAAAAAAAAAUUUUUUGAUUUUUUGAAACAGUAAAUUUUCGGGAAAAUUUCCAUUUUUUAAAUUAAAAAUGAAACAGUAAUGCAUUUUUGCUGCCUUAAAUUCGCUAAAUUACACUGCCACGUGGAUUUUUAGCAUCGAAAUAACUAAAUUGGUUUAUAUCAAUUUAUAGCAUUUUUUUUCAAAAAAUCAAAAAUGUUCAUAAUUUUUUGAAACAGUGAAUUUUUUAUUAUUUUCAAAUUAAAAAAAUAAUUCAUUUUUGGCCUCAAAAAUGUUUCUCUAAUUUCAGAUUCAACUCGCAUAGCAACAGAUGAUCCAAACUACCAAUCCUAUGCAUUUCAACCCUCAACUCCCUCAACUUCAAGGUCUGUUUGAACUUUUUUUUCCAAAAAAAAUUGAAUAAUUUAGUAUCUGCACUUUUACUUUUGAAAAAUCGACUUACAGUAGGAUUUUUCUAAUCUAUAAAAAAUAUGAAAAUACAAAUCUGGAGGAUAAUCUCGAAAUUCCUUGAACACAUCAACAACAAGAAAAAGAAGAGGCAAAAAAUGAAAUGAAAAAUUGAGAGAACAAAAAUCUCUACAUCUCUCCCAAAAAGUUUUUCAUUUUUUUAGCAGAAAAAUCGAUUUUUGUCAAAAUAUUUCUCUUCUUUUUCACUUUCAUUAUCACUUUUUCAUCAUCUUCAUCAGAAAAUCACAUUUUCUUUGAUUUACGUUAAUUGAUCAGAAUUUAUUGUUUUUUGAAAAAAGAAUUAUAAACAAAAACUUCAGGAAAUUUGAUAUUGUGAUAAUAGAAAUUUCGGAAAUUGAAAAAAAAACCAAAUGAAAAUUUAGGGUUCAAAUCAAUACAUAGAUACUUUGAAUUAAAAAUGUGCCAUCUGCUGUUUUUCUUUUUAUUUUCUCUAAUUCUCCUCUCUUCAGAAAAUCUCUAAAUCGAUUUUGAAGUGCAAACAAUAAAAAAAAACAAUUUCAAGGUUUUAAUACAUCUUAUUUUUCAGUUGGUUUGGCGGACUUCGUUCGAAACUUUCACAACUCGGAUUAUUUCCUGAUUGGAUGAGUCAAUUAGGAUUGAAAAACGAAUCGAUAUCCACUUCAACUUCGAAUAGUACAAUGGUAGGUGAAAAUAUGAAAAAAAAAUGUAUUACUGUAGUUGAAAAUUUGGCUUGAAGUUGAAAGUGAAAAAUCUUCUUCCGAAUCUUCUCAAAAAAUAGAUCAAAAAAUUUCAUGAUUUUUUGAAACAGUAAAAAAAUUUCAGACGACACCUUCUCAAGAUGAAGAUCUAUUUGAAUACGAUGAAAGUACUCUAGUUUUCCGACCUGUAAAAUUAGAUGAAAAUGGUGGAACACAAGAAGGAUCGACACCUGAUCAGGAUGUAUGUUUGCUUUUGCUCUCUAAAAAAUUUACAUCUAGAUUUUUUUUAGAAUUGGGAUUUUGGCGCGACAUUUCUAGCUGAUCUCGAUUCGAAUCAUGUUUGGAAUGAUACAAUUGAUCGACAGCAUUUCGGCCCGUUGAAAGAUCUCAUAACAAUGGGUGGAGGAAAAUCGAAUAGUCAUGAUUUCAAAAUUUGCUCGUUAGUUAAUCCAACAUGGUGUGAUAAAUGUGGCGAUUUUAUUUGGGGAAUUCUUAGAGAAGCGUUGAAGUGUGAAAGUAAGAAUUUUUUAUCUUCAACUUCUUCUUUAAAUAUUUAAAUAUAAUUUUUCAGAUUGCAAUUACACGUGUCAUGUAAGAUGUAAAGAAUUAGUAACAUUGGAUUGUCGAUCACCCGGAAGUUCCUUAGGAUCUUCAGAUGAAUUUGAUUCUUUAUAUCCACAAUUAGAUGGAACACUUGGAACAAUUCCGAAAGGUCUUGUUUUACCAGCAAUGAGUUCAAGUACAGGAUCGGAUAAGGAAAACGGGGAAAAACUUAUGCAAUCUGUGGAGAAUCCAUUAUUCAAUCCCAAAUCGAUGACGCUUCCUAAAUCGUUUUCACCGCAAGAAUUGAGAGGAAGAAAACCUUCGGCACCACCAGAAUCUGUUCAUUCGGUAGGUCAAAUAUUCAGGGAUUCAAGAAGGGUGUCCUAAGUUUUGUGAAAACUGGGCCGCACUUUUGUGCUAAGAUUUGAAAAAUGCAAAAGUCUUUUUUUAGCGCCGAAAAACACGUGGCCUAACUUUUAUAAUAACUAGACCGCGCUGAUUUUUUCGCAUUGCCUAAAUUAAAUAUUUUUUGGUUCCCGCGUUUUCCUCGUAAAUUGCAAAUUAUGAAAUAGUUUAGGAAUUCAGGAAUACAUAACAAAAUUACUUAUCCAACUCCCUAUAACUAUAUUUUUGCAGACCCUCCGAGUUGUUGAAAGAUAUGUAAAAGAAGACACACCAUUCGAAUGGACUGAACAAUACAAAGAAACAGACAUCGAAUAUAAAAUUCAGGAAUAUAACAAAAAUGCAAAUGGAAUGGAGAUAACUUUGAAUGAAGACGGUGAAACAUUUGGUGGACACAUCUUGAUUCAUAUGAAUCUAACUCGGCCAAUUAAUAUUGUACAAGGUGUUUGUCCUCCAGCCAUUUAUGAUGUUGUAAAUAACACAAUCAAAUCUACGGUUAAAACAUCUACGAUUCGAACAAUCACUUCAUUUUUUCUACCAAGAAAUACUGUAAAGACAAUUAAUAUUGAUAGCAAGACAACAACUCGGAAAAUGAUUGUAACACUUCUUCGAAAAUUCCACGUGGCAGAUAACCCGAGAAAAUUCGCAUUAUAUGAAUGUGAGCAAAAUGUGGAAAAUGAAUGCACACUUUUCCGAAAAUUGACCAGAAUUUCGGAUGAUGUUUGUCCAUUGAAAGUUGUGCUGAAUUGGCCGAGUCCAACAUGUGGCAAAACUUUGGUUCUACAGGAAAAUGAUACGGGUGAUAUUUUGGUGAGUUAUUAUUUUCUGAAACAUUUUUGUCGAUUUUUUUGCUUCUAGUGGGACGCUUUCGAGAUUCCGGAACUUGAGAAUUUUUUGCGAAUUCUUGGAAUGGAAGAGCGACAAUAUAUUUAUCAGACACGCCAAAAAUAUGAUCAAUAUAGAUAUCAUAUUGAUGCGGAAUUACGGCAAAGAGGAAUGAAAAUUGAUGAAGUAGCUGAGCAAAAAGCGAGACCCAAUUAUAACCCGUUUUUAGAUGAAGAAUUUGUGAGUUUGAAUUGGAUUUUUCGGAGUGAUAAAAAUUCUCCGAAUCCCUUUUUUUCCAGACUUCUCGUGUUCGCGAUGAAUAUGGAACUUCAGACAGUAUUGUCUUCUCAGGAACUCUCAAAACCGGAGAAGAACCGGAAUAUGUGAAUUUGGAUUAUUUGAAAAAUCAAAAUAUGGAUCAGUCAACGAAACUUUGA